UAAAUGAUUGAAAUUGUGGAUUACCAACAAACAGCGCGACAGUUGAUUAUGUUGGUAACAUGGAGUUUCAUAAUCUAAAAUACUAACAAAAAUUUCAACCAAGGAGAGUACAGUAGUUUGUUUGACCUUGCACACUGUACCUAGAUUGCCAGAGAUUGAUGAGAUCACCACUUAGAAUAGACCCCUUCCCUAACUAUAAUCAGUCAAUCAAAAUGAUGAAAGACACGGUCCAAAGUGACAGUGUAAGCUUGGUUAGCAAGGGAAGUAGUAAUCAAUUCUGCAAAAGACUAUCACUUCAUAAAAAAGUAUCAUCAUGAUGGCUUAGUUACUGGCAAAGAAGAAAGUAAUUCAUAGUAGUUUUAUCAAACACUCUUUUCCUUUGAAACAUGAAAUAGAGGCAAAGGACCAUUUAAGGAAUUGAAUUGUUGAGAUAAAAAAGAAAAAAUGAGGGGUUAUUCAGUUAAAAUACCACGAAAAGUGAGAAUUAUCGCUGGGAACCAGCCCUUUGCUAUUUGCAUCCUCCCAGAACGUGUCACACAAGGAGCCUGCCUCAACAUUAUCACCGGCAAUCUCAACUUUACCUCUACCGUACAAGCACUUUAUUCCAUCCUCAGUAAAUUUCACAAGGUGAAAGUCUAUAGGGAAACAAGGUAUCAGCAACUAAGCUUAUCCGUUUGAAGUACGUCUUGCUACAAACAAUUAUUUCGUAGUUUCGAUAAGGUCAUUAUUCACAACUAUGAACGAAAUAAACAAAAAAAAAUUUUAAGUUUCACCGCUAAAAAAAUGGGUGUCACUCACCAUUAACCUCUUGAAAACGUGUUGAUGCUUUGGUAAUUCGUUGAUUCCUUUUUGACAUUUUGUAGAGCUGAUCUUUAUUUGUAAGCCGAACAAAGUUAUUCAAACGCUAAAACGACGCCACGUGUAAGCGUUUGAAUAACUGAAAUUUAUCACACCACGAAAAGAAAACAAAAGUGCCGCCAAAGAACAAAGUUUACCGAAAAAGCUGUGCAAUUAGCCAUUUUCAAAACGAGCGGCGGUCUGGGUACGAUUUGCCACCCUAGAGGCUCUUGGGAUCGUUUGGAGGGACAGCAAGAACAUGGUGGACAAGAGCAAUGCAACCGUGCGAGACGCUCUCAAGGUUAUUCUGACAGAAGAAGAUAUACCUGGUGCAAAAAUUCCUCGCGAAACUGUAGAACAAUGUAGCGUCGUUCAAUUGAAAAGGUGGUUGCUGUGCAGGGGAGCAAAGACUACGGGAAAUAAGAAAGCAUUGAUAACAAGAGUUCAAGAUUACAUUAAGCAUGGACUAGACGUUAAAUAUCUCCGUGAUCCAGACGGUGGACUACACCUUCUCCGCAAGAAGGCUCAACUUGGAGUGCUGGAGGAGGAAGAGCCGCAGCUCAACCAAUUCUUUCCAAAAGAAGGAUACAAACCUGAUUUUAAAGAUUUGCCUAAGAUAGCUUUUGGAACCGUUUGGCAGUUUAUGAUUGAAGGAGUUGAAAGUAAAAAACAACUUUCCACUGCAAAGCCCCUAGUCAAGGGAUUUAACUUCUUCAAGUCAGGGCAUGUUUUAUACAUUGGACAUCUGCACCAAAAUGGAAAACAUUAUGUAAAAAGCCAAGUUCUGCCAUCGAUGAAAAAAGAUAAAGUAUACUCUUGUUUUCUGUUAAUGUCAUCCAUAGGUUGUGUGUUAAAAGCACACUGUAAGUGUCCUGCUGGUAUUGAUGGCCGUUGUAACCAUGUGGCAUCUACAUUGUUUGCCCUUGAACAAAGCUUUAAGGAGACGAAAAGGAAAAAUUCGGAUGCAGCUGAGUCCUGCACAUCUAAGCCUUGUAAAUGGAAUGUGCCAGGGAAACGCAAGGGUCCAGUGACACCUAUCUCUGAGAUGAGCUUUGUCAAACAUGAUUAUGCUAAAGAAAAGAAAGCAAAAAGGCCAAAGCUAGCCUCAUGUCCAGCACAGAAUGGUACCUGUGUAUCAGAAAAAAAAGUCUGGCCAAGUGAAAGAUUACAAAACUUCCAUAAAUCUUUAAAAGAAUAUCAAAUGAAAUCUGGGAGAGCUGUUGGAUGGACACAUAUUCUUCCUCAAAAGGUAAAUAAUCUGGAAGAGCCACUCAUCUCACCCAUCAAAUGUCAUCCAAUAUCAGCUGAUGAACUAAGAGUGAGAUUUGAGAAAGUGAAGAGGAACAUUAAUUUUGAUGAAGAAAAAAUAAAGAAAGUAGAAGAGCAAACACGAGGGCAGUCAAACUCAAAUUUGUGGCAUCAUCACAGGCAGCCCAGGAUUACUGCUACAAAUUGUUACAGAAUAGCUGUGCAAAGGGAAACAACAUCACCAACAAAAAUCAUCCAAGAUGUCCUUGGUUACAAAAAACCAUUUCAGAGUAAAUACAUGCAAGAAGGACUUGAAAUGGAGGACAGGAUCAUAGCUGCUUACAAAUUAUUAAAGCAGGGGNGCUGA